AUGGAUGAUAUAGCUGUUCCAAUCGCUUCUACUUCAGGCGGUGCUGACGAUUCAGUCAUUGCCUUCCAGUAUCCAUGGGCAUUGAAAGUAUGCCAAAGACCAAUCGAAGAUGAAUCUAUUCUUCUAAAUGUGUCACGGCCGUUUUCAACUUCAUACAAACAUGUGCAAUUCACAUGGGCUCUUCGACUCACUGAUGAAUACGUUCUAUCCAAUAACGCCGCCGUCGACUCGAAUCGCCACGUGCUUCUGCAUCUCUACUACAAAGAGGGACCAUGUCCCGAGGUGGCAGUGGAAGAAGUCCGAGCGCAGAUUCUUGAUCCAGCAACUAACGAGACUCUAUUUGCUGGACUUGCUCUAACACCAACCGAAUUUUCACGGGGAAGCGGAUGGCCGAUCCACGUGGAACGGGAGAGAAGAGCUGAAUUCACUGACUUCUUGCACAAAAGUGUUGCAUCGAAUCUAUUGAUUGUUGUCGAGAUUCGAAUGAAGGAGUCAUUAUUCGAACCACUCAAUUAUCUUCCUGAUGUUGAGACAGCAUUCCGAAGUCAGAGAAUCGAGAAAUCCGUUCACAAAUUCGUCGAUGACGUCAUGAAUGGAAAGAUUCGGAUUCCUGAUUUGGAGCACGUCGACGAGAAGCAAGCCGACAAAUUCUCCGUUCACCGACUGAUUUUCAUUUUUGGAGUUGACACAGUUUCACGGGAAAUUUCUGAAAACGAUCAACACAGUGAAAUCUGUGAACAACUCGUGAGAAAUACGUUUGCUCACAUCUAUUUCGAACGAGUUCUUUCUCGCGAAAUCAAAUAUUUCGAUGACUUUAUUUCUCUCGUCGAAGGACUCACUUUUGCUCAUCUUCCAGCACUCCGCAAAGAAGUUGAACGAUUCAUUUGUUCUGAAGUCAUUCAGAUUCAGGCUGACAUGGAUCCAUCAUUUGCCAAGAAACUUCUUCUUGUCUCAGAAAAAUACAAUUUGGAGGUGUUGAAAAUGGUUAUCAACGGAUUCCUUGUUGAUCAGAUAAUUGCAAAUUCGAAUCCACCGAAAGAACUCGUCAAUAUCACACAUGAACUUGAACAGAUGGCUCAUGAAAUUCGUGAAAACGAGAAUAUCGACAAUCUUGUUGGAACAGUAGUCACUGAUUUACAAGAAUUGACACGUCGUGUUCGUCGGGUUUCUCUCUCUCAUUCGCCAUCACAGUCAUCCCAUAGCAGUUCUCCACUGGCCACCCCAACCAAUGGAAGUGGUUCUCCAUCAGUUCCAGCUCCAUUCGACUCUCCAACAAGUCGAUUUAAAAGAGUUUCUCUUGCUUAA